AUCUAUUUUGCAACUAAAUACGCGAGUUAAUGGUAGUCCAAGUUACGCGCGAAUUUUGUUUGUCAAAUGGCCUUUAAAACUCGUCCAGAUAAACUCGCACAAUGCGAAUGCGUAGAAAAUUUAACCAAUCAAUUCUAUACAAUAAGAAGCGGACGCAAUGGCCAAUCGCCUUUUACUACAUAUCUGUCAUUCCGGAAAAAGCGGAAAGUUGAUUGGCCGCCAGAUCGUCUGCGUAGAGUUCCGCAUGUAAAAACCGGAUGCGAUUCAAACAGGAUGAAAUAAAGUCUUAUUUAGUUGAUCUUUUAUACAAAAAAAUAUUCUAAAAAAUUGAAUCAAUUGUAUACAAAAAUUAAACGAUGGCGUAUCCGAUAAAAAAAAAGUCAACGCCAUUGCCGUUUCUCUCGCGUUAGACAUGCGAUGAAUCAACUUUCUCGCGUACGCAUCGUGCAUUUACGCGAAUCUGAUCGAAUGGAAUCGAAAUAAUUUGUGACCAGAGAGUUCGGAACGUCCGGGACGUUCGCGAAAGGUUGUUUCUACGUCUUCCGGAAGAUGCCCACGGAUGUCCAGAAACGACGAUCGAGCGGGCGGCGUAUAAACACGGGAGCGUAACGCGUGACGUGUCAGUGCGCAGCUGCCAACGCGCAGAACAGCGCAGCAUUUGAACCUUCGCAGUUCGAUCGGCCAUAUUUCCUCUUAUACAACGCCCUCACGCGACGAUCGUAGGUUUACGUGUUGUAUUUGGUGGCUUAGUAUCGACUCAUCGGGUCGCUCAGCAUCCACAGUCCUAUUCUACGUCGACGUACGACUAAUGAACAUACUUGCCAUUGUUUGAGCUACAUGAUUCAAUCAUGAGUAACGUAGCGACUAUAAAAUUGGAGGAGGGACAAGAAUCUGUCACCGAGAUACAAACAUACUUGGAGACAUUUAACAAGGAAAUCGAGGGAGGACAAGGCGAACUGCAACAUGUGCAAUUGCAACAAGUGGAGGGCUUAUCGGGUGGAGAAGAGGGUGGAACGUACUUUGUUGAUCAGUCUGGUCAAUAUUAUUACCAGGCAAACAGUGAUGAGCCACCUGUAAUGACACAGGUACAGAUACAAGAAGUGGAAGAGACUGAUGUACAAAACGAAGGUGAAACAACUCAAGAUGAGCAGUAUCAGGAGAUUGAAGAACUUGAAAAUGUUGAGGGCGAUGAAGAGGCACAAGUCAAUGGUGAAAACAAUCAAGUUGUAAUUAAUUCUGGCGAUGCAUAUCAAACUGUUACGAUUGUACCAUCUGAUACAAAUCCUGGAGAAGUGAGUUAUGUUCUGAUAGUUCAGCAACCUGAGUCUGAAGAGAAAGAGGGUAAAUCCGUGGAAGAUGAAACGGCAACGGUAACGGCAGCAGCUGCUACAGCUGAGGGAGAGGAAGCGGAAGGUGAACAAGAUCUUACUGUAUAUGACUUUGAAGAUAAUGAAGAUAACGAAGCACCAGUGGAAUCUGAGGCGGAAGAUGACAAGACGAAAAUUAUUAAGUUCUUGCCAAAGAAAUCUCAAACUGUGACGCAAGCCCAUAUGUGCAAUUACUGCAACUAUACCAGCCCAAAACGAUAUCUUUUAUCACGGCACAUGAAAUCGCACUCAGAAGAAAGACCGCAUAAAUGUAGUGUUUGCGAGCGAGGAUUUAAAACUCUGGCUUCACUUCAGAAUCAUGUCAACACUCACACUGGGACCAAGCCUCAUCAUUGCAAAUAUUGUGAGAGUGCAUUUACAACUUCAGGUGAACUUGUAAGACAUGUUCGGUAUAGACACACCCAUGAAAAGCCACAUAAAUGUCACGAGUGUGAUUAUGCAUCCGUUGAGCUCUCAAAAUUGAAGAGACAUAUUAGAUGCCACACAGGCGAACGACCUUAUCAGUGUCCACAUUGUACAUAUGCAAGUCCGGAUACAUUUAAACUAAAACGCCAUCUUCGCAUUCAUACUGGAGAAAAACCAUAUGAGUGUGAUUUUUGUCAAGCGAGAUUUACUCAAUCCAACAGUUUGAAAGCACAUAAAUUAAUACAUAAUGUAGGCGAUAAACCAGUAUUUCAAUGCGAAUUGUGCCCAGCUACAUGUGGCAGAAAAACGGAUCUUAGAAUUCAUGUGCAAAAGUUGCAUACUUCUGAUAAACCACUAAAAUGCAAACGUUGUGGAAAAACAUUCCCGGACAGAUAUAGCUAUAAGUUACACAGCAAAACUCACGAAGGAGAGAAAUGUUACAAGUGCGAUCUAUGUCCAUAUGCGUCUAUAUCAGCGCGUCAUUUGGAAAGUCAUAUGCUUAUUCAUACUGAUCAGAAGCCGUAUCAAUGUGAUCAUUGCUUUCAAUCAUUUAGACAAAAACAGUUACUCAAACGGCAUUGCAAUCUCUAUCAUAAUCCCUCCUAUGUUCCUCCACCACCACAAGAAAAAACGCAUCAAUGUCCCGAGUGCGAAAGGGCAUUUAGACAUAAAGGUAAUCUUAUUCGACAUAUGGCUGUUCACGAUCCGGAAUCAUCUCUGCAAGAAAAACAACAAGCUCUUAAAAUCGGCAGACAGAAAAAGAUUCAAAUCAUUGAUGGCCAACGUGUUGAAGUAAUGACAGGUGAUUUAGCUUCUAAACUUAAAGGUUAUGACGAUGAAGAAGAAGAAGAAGAUGAAGAUGACAUGAUGGCGGUUCAAGGCAGUGAUGGCCAGCAAUACGUUGUGUUAGAAGUGAUCCAGUUAGCAGACAAUCAAGGAACUGAUCAGAUGGCUGUUGUUGCGAGUGAGGAUGGAGAGUUGGUAAUGCAAGAUCCUUUAACUCAAGAAAAUAGCAUAGUAACAGGAACAGGGGAUGAAAUUGAUGAAGUAGACGAAGAUAUAGAAAUGCAAGAUCUAAAGAUAGAACCCAAUACUUCAUCAAAAUCUUCACAGAACUCACAAAACGAUUCUAAAUUACAAAAAGAAAUGGAAACCUGUUUCGGGUUUGAUGAGGAAGAAGAGGAAGAAGAAAGUGGUAAUAACAUAAACAUGUUACAAACAAUUUCGUAAUAAUAAGUAAAAGAAAAAAUGUACCUAUUCAUAGUCCAAUGUUUCACUUCUGUCCCAGUGUUAGUAAUAUCCUUUAAAAAAUAAGGAAAAUUAGACAAUAAGAGCUAAAGCGCACUUAAUAUAAUUUUCCUUAUUUAAAUUGUAUAUCUUAUUAUCAUUAGUUUUAAAAAAUUACAAAAAGUCAAGCAAACUAUAUAUAUAUAUUGUGUAUAAUAAAACUGAAUACAAUAUAUUAUCAUCUAAAACUUUAUAUAGCUCUAAUAGGGAGCUGCAGUGUGAUUCACAUGCAUGGUACAAGAACUUUUUUUGCCGUUAGUGCAUUAGGUACACAUAAUAAUUUAUGAAAAUAUUGUAGUUUUGUGGUCUAGAAAAGUAUCAAGCAAAUGUACAAUUAUAAUGUUGUAAAAUAUGAUUUAUGUUAUUGUCAAUGAACUUCUUAAUAACAUUAACAAAGUUAGAUAAGAUUGAAUAUGUUAAUUAUAAGGAAAUUAUAACUUAGACAUUAUCUUGGCAUAAUAUUUUUAAACAAGUUUAUUUAUAAUUUUGAUGUAGAAACUCGUUACGACUUUUAUUACUGUGUGCAACUAACAUCAAUCUUGAAAAAUUAAGAAUAGUUAAUAAAACAAACUAAUAUUAGUAACAUUGCAGACUACAAUGUAAAUAAAUGUUUAUCUUUAUAUCUUUAAUAAUUUAGAAAUUAUUUUAAAGUUUCAGCAUAUAUAGGAGGUGAUUAGAAAACAUUGAAUAUUUAAUUAUCAAAAAGUAUUUUAUAUUGUUUACUAUAUGAUCUUUUUUUAUGUUAAAAGUCAGGAAUUAAUAAAGAGGAUUGUGAAUUAUAUUCUGUUGAGUUCAUAAUAGUGCAUUACGUAAAGAAAUUUAACAUUUUUAUUUACAAUAGAAAAAAUAACAUUUCGCUAAAGAAAAUGGGAAAAAUAUAAUUUUUUUAUUCUUUGAUUAAAAUAUUUAUUUGCACAGCGUUAACUAGCAAAUAACUUAUAUAUAAUACUUUUUUUGAUGAACUUCUAUAUGUGUUUAUAUUAUUUUACAAUAAUACAAUAGUAUAUUAAAUACAAAAUAUUGAAUUAUUGAAAUUUAUCUUAAAAUGUUUUAUGAUAGCAUUGUUUGUGUUCUUUUACAGUGCUAUUAUAAAAUAAUCGGAAGUUAUUUCACAUCUUGUACUAAGCAAUCUUUGAUAUAUCCUAAAUAUAUAUAAAUGUUUAAUCACAACCUCGCACGUAGAAUUUCCAGUUUAAUUUAAUUAAGGCAUGAUAAAAUAAAGCAUGUAAAUGAUUUCAUGUAUGCUUAAGUCUUGAAUAUUCUGAUAUUUUAAAAUAAGUUAUGUGAAACAAUAAAAUUUUUUUAUGAAAAAAUAUAUUGUAACUCAUGCCUUUUUAUUACGAACUGGAAAGAUAAUACUUCUUUAUUAAAAUUAAUAACAUUGCUGUAAAAUGGUAUGACAUAUUUUCAUGAAUGAUCGGAAUGAAGAAAGAUAAAAUUAAUGCCCACACACUGUUGCUCAUAAACUAAGUUAUUUUGCUUAUCUAGUAGGCGAAAUGAUCAUUGUAAAAAGUAUGUACAAUUUUUUUUACACACAAAUUGUACAAUUGUAAUUUAGUAAUCAAUUACUAUAUGCACUUAAAAUUCUGCACUUUCUUACAUUAUCCCAAAGAAAAGAAAAACUGUGUAACUUCUCUCGAUAAUAAACUUUACCUUGUCGACAAUA